GCGCCGAUAGCAAUAAUAUCUGAGAGUGAUGAUGCAGAACUAUUGUGCUCAUCGCCCACGAGAUUACAUAGUUCUGACACGCUGCCAACCUCAUUUUCGGACGACAUCGUCGCUCUGCACGAAACUGAGAUUGAGACUAGACGCUCCAAGACCGCCGCAGGCAUUGUCAUUCAGCAUAGAUCUUGGAAAACCAAAGACGUCUUUCACAGCGAUUGUAACAUACCAGACGGAUCAUCCCCUCCUCAAAUGGCUCUCAUGCCGUCCUCGCCACCAGCAAGUCCUUGCUUUCCGAGGAAAAGGAAAAGAACCGAACUCGAUUUGGGCACAAGCACGCUCACUCGAGCCGUCAAAGCCCAGAAGACAUAUUACGGCAUCGACGUCAACAAGCUGCUAGAGGAAGCAAAGGCUGAGGCUGUCAUAGAAGCGGCCGCUGUAGCCAGUAUUCCACUACCAUCGCCCCCUGCAGAACCAGUCUCGAAUCAUUCAAAACCAUCCCUUCUUUGGACCGAAAAGUAUCGCGCCAGGAAAUUUACGGAUUUGAUUGGCGAUGAGCGCACUCAUCGUUCUGUGAUGCACUGGCUUAAAUGCUGGGACCAGAUUGUUUUCCCUGGCUCUGCACGAUCCAGGCCCAAAUUUAGAUUGAAUUCCAAUGACGAUGCCAACGAGGAAAAACCCCAUCGCAAAAUUCUCAUGUUGACAGGGCCCCCUGGACUCGGCAAAACUACUCUGGCACAUGUUUGUGCCAAACAGGCUGGUUAUGAAGUCCAAGAAAUCAACGCAAGCGAUGAGCGAAGUAGCUCUGUCGUGAAAGGACGGAUUCGAGAUAUGGUCGGCACGGAAAACGUCAAAGGCGUUGAUGUUAAAACUGCCAAUGGAAAGACCAGAAAGGCCGGGAAGCCUGUCUGCGUAAUCGUAGAUGAAGUCGACGGCGUCGUCAGCGGCAGUGCCGGUGCUGGUGGUGAAGGUGGCUUCAUCAAAGCCCUGAUCGAUCUACUUCUGCUUGAUCAGAAGAAUUCUACAGUGCUGGGCACUCUGCAACAAGCCCCCACAAGGAAAAAGAAGGGCGAUCGGUUCAGGCUUUUACGACCCCUGAUACUGGUCUGCAACGACGUCUACCACCCAUCGCUGCGACCUCUACGACAAAGUUCACUGGCUGAAGUCAUCCAUGUUCGAAAACCGGCUGUCACCAGUCUGAUAUCUCGGCUACAGACAAUCUUCGUCAAGGAAAACGUGCCGUGCGAAACUGAUGGUGUCAGAAGAUUAUGUGAAGCGACCUGGGGUGUGAGCAAUAAGAAAGAAGACAGACAUGGCAAUGGUGCUGGUGAAGGCGACAUGCGAGGAAUCAUGGUGGUUGGAGAAUGGGUUGCGCGUAAGCUGCGAGCAACUAACGACAGCAGCGUCUGCUUGACACGGAAGUGGGUUGAGGACAAUGUGCUACGAGAUCUUGCACAUGGCGGUGGUGCUGCAAGAGGUCUUGGUAGAGGAGGUCCAAAGGAUAUCGCAGAUCGUGUCUUCCAGGAAGGCGCUGGCUUUCCAAAAACUGUCAACCUGUCCACUCCCGAUCAUCAGACAGGAAACAAAGGUGUCAAAGGUGUCGCUGAAGGCCUGAGACGGACAGCGACGCAACGUCUGCGCGAGCUCAUUGACACUCUUGGUGACACUGAUCGCAUCGCCAUGGACUGCUUCACAUCAUAUCCAGAUCGACCGUUCCAAGACGACACCUACCUUUCAAAACCUGACGCAGCUUAUGAAUGGCUGAACUUUCACGACCGGCUCUCCAGCGCUGUCUUCAGCAGCAAUGAAUGGGAGCUCGCUCCUUAUCUGAGCUCACCGAUUCUAGCAUUCCACCACCUUUUCGCUUCGCCUACCAGAGCACAGUUCCAGGCGGCUGCUGCAGGUCCCACGUACGAAGUUGAGACCGAAGGCGAGGCCCCGCAUCCAUUUACAGGACCAAAUGCUUCAUGGGCAGCGCACGAAGCACAUAAGGUUAACGCGGAGCACCUCAAGUCGCUCCAGACUUCCUUGUCAUUACCCCUUACAAGGAUGUUCAGCUCUCCAGCCGACAUCGUCGUGGACUUACAGCCGUAUCUGCUGCGCAUGCUGUCUCCUGACGUCAACCCCGUCAUCAUCGCCGGCAGCGGAAAGGAAAAAGGUGCUAGUAUCGCCUCCGUACGCAAAGCCUCCGAGCAGACGCUGUUGAAACGAUCGCUCAAUGCCAUGGGCGCGAGUGGUGUUCGCUUCGACCGCAUGAGAGUAUCGCAAGAGAACGCAAGCGGUGGCCCUGCAUGGGGCUCGCAACAGUUCAUCUACCGCAUGGAGCCGCCCGUGGAUCUACUCUGCACCUUUGAAACCGGCGGCAAAGCCCUCGCGGCUGCUGUCGGCGACACUGCGAACAAGACGACGCGAUACGCAGUCCGUCAAGUCCUCGAACAGGAGUGGCGCAAGGAGGAGCUCCGACUUGCAGAGGAGACAAGGGCAGCGCGGAUGGGCGGAUCGGCACCGGCAACUACGAAACGCUCGGGAAUCGGUGCAGACCGCGAGGGCGAUGACCCUGACGCUCUUGAACCAGCCAAGAAGCGCAUUGCAAGGGACUUCUUCGGCCGACCCAUCGUGCAGGCCGCGCCGCCAUCGGCUGGCAGUGAGUCAGAUGAGACAAAGCAGAAAAGUCGACAGCAGGAGAAGAGCAGGCAGGGCUCUGCGGUCCGCAUUGCUUACAACGAGGGCUAUUCCAAUGCUGUUCGGAAGCCCCUGACAAUGGCGGAGUUUUUCAGGGAUCUUUAGAGUCAUCGAAGGCUAUGAGAAAUAUGACACAGUGGAACGCAAGAAGCAUCACUCGAACUCGCGAAUGCAGUGGCUUUUUCAUGAAAAUGAUUAUUUUUGGUUGCAUGGUCUAUGAGAUACACAUCAGCGAUGGGUAGUGUUCAUCAGCUGGCAGUUUAUAAGCUUUUCCGCUCCGUAAUCGUAAUGUUGCAGACCCCAAUGGGCACAAUCAAUUCGUGC